AUGGACAGUACCCUGUACUUCCUGGGUGUCCCCUGCCCGGUGCUUGUACUUCUGCCCGGUAUCCUGUACCUCCCGGGUGUCCCCUGCCCGGUGUCCUGUACCUCCCGGGUGUCCCCUGCCAAAUGUCCUGAGGAUCUCAGAGCUUCACUGAUUCCAUUAAAGGAAAAGCUGGAGAAAUUUACAAAAAUGAAACAAGAAUUUGAGGAAAGAGCCAAACACAUGAAGAGUCAGUCCCAGCAGACUGAGAAGAAGAUAAAGGAGGAAUUUCAUGAACUCCAUGAGUUCCUGAGAGAGGAAGAGGAGAUCAGACUGGCUAUACUGAGAGUGGAAAAGAUGGAGAAGAGCGAGAGGAUGAAUGAGAAGAUAGAGAACAUCUCCAAACAGGUCUCCACCCUGUCAGAGAAGAUCAGAGACAUUGAGGAGGCCAUGGGUGCUGAGGACAUCUCCUUCCUUAUGACCUUCAAGGAAACCAAAGAAAAAGCCCAGUGCUCACUGCAGGACCCAGAGCUGGAGUCAGGGGUGCUGAUAGAUGUGGCCAAACACCUGGGCUCUCUGAAGUUCAGGGUCUGUGAGAACAUGCUGGGGACACUGCAGUACACUCCUGUGACUCUGGACCCAAACACUGCAGCCCCCUGGCUCUCAGUGUCUGAUGAUCUGACCAGCGUGAGAAACACUGAUGUUUAUCAGCAACUUCCUGACAACCCAGAGAGAUUCUCCUGCUGCGUGGGAGUGCUGGGAUCUGAGGGGUUUAACUCAGGAAAACACAGCUGGGAGGUGGAGGUGGGGGACAAACCUGAGUGGACAGCAGGAGUAGCAGCAGAGUCUGUUAACAGGAAGGGGGGGAUUAGAUACAAGCUAGAAAAUGGAUUCUGGGUUGUAGGUCUGAGGGAAGGUGAUGUGUAUACAGCAUGCGAUUCACCGCAAACCCGCCUGAGACUGGAGAGGAAACCGCAGAGGAUCAGAGUGCAGCUGGACUAUGACAGGGGGGAGGUGUCCUUCUUCAACCCCGCUGACAUGUCACUCAUCUACACCUUUAAAGGCACAUUCACUGGGAGCCUGUUUCCAUUCUUCUCUCCUGGUGUAAAUGAUGAUGGAAGCAACCCUGAAGUCUUACAGAUCUUCCCAGUAAAGGUGUCUGUGACAGUGAUGUGA